GAGUGGAGCAUUACAGACUGCAUUUCCUCCACUGUGUACAAAGAAUAAGUUAAUCCUUAUCUCAUCGUUUAAAGGAUGAAAUCGACCUUCAAUAAGUUCCUACUCUAAUUGUUUUCUGGGACUCAAUAGCCAUCGAGCAUGAUCCCUUGUGACUUGAAGACGAAUCCACGUCAUGAGAUCAAUUUCUUCAUGCAAAUGAUGCCGGGGGUCAUCCGUCGAGCAAAAAUAUGUCAACGAUGAUGAUUAGGCGUCUGUCCAGGUUUUUGGCAGCAUCAGCUCGGCAAAAUAAUGUUGGCCUUGUGCUGGGAGAUGGAUUUGGUAAUGCUGGGUACCACUCAAUGGAGCCAAGUCCCAUGACAGUUGGGAUCAUUGGGGCUGCUUUUCGUGGAGGCCAGAGGCGAGUUGGUACCGAUCAUGGACCUCAUGCUAUUCGACACGGUGGAUUUUUGGAGGCAGCCAUCAGGGCCUUAGGACAUGAAAUCAAGGAUUACGGGGACUUGAGAGUUGAGGAUUUACAAAACAUUCAGCCGAAAUUGGCGAAGACGCGGAUUAAUAACGUCCAUAUCAUCGGAAGCUACAUGAAAGAGAUGUCGCAGCGAGUUCAGCAGUCUUUGCGUGAGAACAAAUUGACCAUUGUGUUGGGCGGCGAUCACAGCAUCGCCGUCGGCACUGUGCAUGGACACGCGACGACCGUCGUCGACGACCUGGCCGUCGUCUACGUGGACGCCCACGCCGACAUCAAUACCCCGAUGACGUCACACACUGGACGGAAUGCCAGUGUCGCUGCUGUGCGGCGAAUUUAGAAAGUACAUUGACUUCCAGCUGGAUGGCUUGGAACCCCUGGCCUGGCUGGAGCCUGUGAUAUCUUGUAAAGAUUUGGCUUACAUUGGACUGCGAGAUGUGGAACCUUGGGAACGGGUUGCACUGAAUCAUUUGGGCAUUUUGGAAUAUAACAUGCAGUCCAUUGAUGAUAUUGGCGUCAAGGAAGUCAUCAGACAAGCGCUGAUGAGGAUCAACCCCGAACUCAGGUCUCACAUCCACCUAAGUAUCGACGUUGAUGCCAUGUGUCCUGAAUUUGCUCCUUCUACUGGUCUUCCAGGUGAUGACAUUAUUAAUUAGUUUGAGAUACGAGUGGAUUGCGAUAGGAAGAUUUGUUCCGCAUGAUGUAGCAGAAGAAAGUUUUUCUUACAUUGUU